AUGCAUCCGCAUGGGGCAUGCAUGUGGCACCGGCUAAUCGUCUGCAGCGUACCUUCACAACUCGAGAAAGGAACCAAGGAUCUUAUGGAUACUAUGGCCUACAUCGACAUGACUAUAAACCUCAACAGACGAGUGCAACAUGUGACGAGAUCCGCCAGCAGCUCCCGGUACAAGCCUCAGUAUCUAUCCAUGGAAGAUCAACAUUGCUCGACUGAGAUCCGAGUUCUUCCUUUCAAGGCUCGAAAGGGCCUGGUUGCUGCCACGACCAAGCUGGGCAUUCGUCUCACCACUAUUGUUGGAUCUUUCAAAAGCAAUAAUGAUCCGCUCAAGGCAUACGACCAAAGCAUGAACCAACAGCAAACAGAGAUUGGAUGUCCAGCCCAGAACCCAAACGAGAGCCUUGCCCAGCACCGUCGACACAAUACCACUCACACAGACUUUUUGUCGUGGAAUGCUAUCGUUCGCGAGUUCCACAGCGACGUCCUCAAAGCGCUGCGGAGUGUCGAGCUUGACGGAGGCCUCGUCAACACCAUCACGGAGCGUAUCCCAAUCAAAUGGGUCCCUGGUGUCAACAAGGAAGUUUUGGAAGAAGCUCAGGAUGCCAUUAUGCACGUUGCGCCCGUCAUCUAG